UGGUUGGUCCGGCUGCCGGCGGCGGCGGAAGGGCCGCCCCAACGGGCAAGCGAUCCUUUUCCAUCUGGCAAAGAAUAUCGCUUUACAUCGGAAAACAAGAGCUCCAAGAAAAGCCUAAGCACCCCACAGAAGGAAUGUUCUGAUUUCACUCUGCGAAAGAUGUAAUCGCCAAAGAAAGAAUCUCCAGCCAGGGUUUGGUUUUCCCCUUCAGGCGACGGAAUCGCCUUGAAGCUGAAGCAAUGAGGCGAAGGGCUUUACAACUAUUUUGGAAUGAAUUACAAAACCCAACGCAGCAAAAAAGGUAACAGUCCUGACAAGCAAAGAACCAUAACCGUUCCAUUUAUAAGCAUCGGUCAUUUGCCGCCAUAGGAGGACAGAGCGAAAAACAGAGUACUUCAAUCUCUUCUUAGCUGCUCUCUUCCAGCCUUUUGCUUUUCCAACCCACAGAUAUUAAUAAGCAAUGGCGAAUGAUCAAAUGAAAUCCGUGGCAUCCUUGCUCUUGGUCCUCAACUUCUGCAUGUACGCCAUCGUUCUGGGUAUAGGAGGAUGGGCCAUGAACAAAGCCAUUGAUCAUGGCUUCCUCAUUGGACCUGGGUUCGAACUCCCGGCUCAUUUCUCGCCCAUUUACUUCCCGAUGGGGAAUGCUGCGACGGGAUUCUUCGUCACGUUUGCUUUGAUCGCCGGCGUGGUGGGUGCCGCCUCUGUAAUCUCCGGUUUAAACCACAUCCGUGCCUGGAAUUCCGAUAGCUUGCCGGCUGCUGCCUCCGCUGGCACCAUUGCCUGGACCCUCACUCUUCUCGCUAUGGGUUUCGCCUGCAAACAGAUUGAACUCGAAGGCAGGAACACCCGACUGAGAACCAUGGAAGCAUUUAUGAUCAUCUUGUCAGCGACCCAGUUGCUGUACAUAGCAGCCAUUCAUGGUGCUGCUUCUCUCAGGAGAUGAGCGCAAAUACCGAUGUGUAGAUGCAUAUGAUCAGAGUGUGGUGUUGUGCCUUUUCUUUCAAUUCUUUCUAGAGUGACCGUAAAUUUGUUUGUUUAUAUAUUUCCUCUCCUUCCUUCUUCCGGAUUCAUUUCAAGCCCCCACGAUUCAUUCUAUUGCUCAGGGAGUGUGCAACUUUCCAUUCUGUUGUGUGAUUGAUGAUGGUAUGUCUGGAGCCUUGAGUUUGUAUUCUCAUCAAACAAAUAAAAAUGAGAAUUUGUGUUCUGUGUAUAACCUUUCACCAUUGCUUGUUGCUCACGGUUAUUACUACCUUGAGCACGGAAUGCCAAGGAUCCAG